AUGUCUACCGCUUCCAUUGCCCAGAUGGUGAAGGAGAAUGUUGACUUGGAGAAAACCUUUGGCGUGAGCUCUCAGUUUGCCGAGACCCUGCGUGGAGCAUAUGAAGAGCUGGCAGAUUCAACAGAUGACCUUGAGUGUCUAACCGUAUGUUGCAUGUGUUGUGUGGACUCGUGCAGUGCGUGGUGCAACGCGAUCCACGGCCGCACGGACGACGGCAAUCAUCGCAGAGACCCGGGAAGCAGCUGGUUGGAAUCGCCGCAGCAGCACUCCAUGGACGACUCGGAGUCAGCUGACGAUGGGUUCCACAGUUUGCUGGAUCUGUCGGCAGCCACUUCCGAACACUUCCGUGCCUUCAUGGGCUCAAAGGAAAUGAUCAACCGCGAGAAGUUGGGAUACUUCCUCUUUGGAAGCAAGUUUGGACGGCCGGAAGCUGACCAGCUGAAGGAAUGUGUGGAACAACUGAAGGCCGCUGGACCAGACCUGAUUCACAAAGACCACCCCGAAUUUCAAGAUCUGCUGCAGAAGGCAAAAGGGAAAGACAUGAAGGCCUUUGCCCAACUACUUCGCCUCGUUGGGAGUGCAACCGUCUUGAAGCAUGGUGCUGCUGUGGCGGAGAAAGGUCUUGAUGCUAUGAAGCUGGGCCAAUGUGGCAAGGUCCUUUGCGCAGGAGAUUUGAGCUAUGAGCUCGAUGAGACAGGGCUGCACAAAUGCACCUGGAGUUGCCCUGGUGAUGAGAUGCCAGAUAAAUUCCAAGUUGUUGCAGCCGACUUUUGA